AUGCCUCCCCGACGAGCCUGCGACACAUGCUAUAAGCGCAAGAUUCAAUGCCUGAUCAAAACUCAAGGUGAUCCGUGUGACUGGUGCGACAGCCAGGGGCUCACGUGCACCUUUGAUAGAGUGAUCCAGAAGGACCCAAACAAAAGAACUACUUCCGAUGUCGUCCAGGAACUAUCACGUCGCGUGGAAUCGCUCGAGGAGGCGCUUCAAACGGCAUUGACGAAUAGCACAAACUUGUCCGUUGGAGGCCCCUCACCAUGGUCUGAACCAACAAGUCUUCGCUUCGCUUCAUCCCCAAUCACUCGCCAGCCGGUGAUAAGUCCGAUUGGCGUAUCGCCUUCAACACGCCCCAAGGCCGUUUACAGAUUAUGUCGCUGCCACAUCGGCACGAACUGGUACUUUAAAGGAAUAGGCAUUCUCUCGGAUCGCGGCUGGCAGUGGAUUUCAGACGGUGCAGGGGAGCGCGUAUUUCUCGAGAAUUUCGACAUUUUCGGUAAUCCUGCGCCGCCGCUUGGCUCGGUUUCAUUUUCUGAAACACCGAGGGUUCUGCCCCCGAGGGCUAUCUGCGCCCAUGUCGUUGAGUUAUUUUUCAAGUCUAAAACGGCUGUUAUCUUUCCGUUUUUGGAGAGAGGCCUCUUUGAGGGGACAUUGAGCAGGGCGUUUGAUGAGGGGGUUGGUGAUUUGGGGAGGAGGGCGCCUGCUGAGGCUUGUCUUUGGGCUAUGAUUGCUCUUGUUGUGAGGACGGUUGAUGCUCAGCAUCUGGGGGUUUCUUUUGUGUCGAGGGAUUGUGUUACUGAGGCCUCGAGGUUGUUGAGGGUUGUGAGUGGUAUCACUAGCUUGGACAGCUUGCAGGGAACUCUUCUUCUGGCUGACGACACCAGUGGGCAAGUCAAAAAACCAGAGGACAAUGUAGUGAAGCAGCAGUCAGCUUCGCCAGCGCCUGUCGCAUGCCUUCCGCGAGAUACAGACCUCGCGAGAAUCAAGGAAAACGCAAGCAACAUUUUAUGUUCCCCACGGGCAUUCAAGUACACAGAGGGUGAACUUCUCGCGCAUGUUCGACAGCUUGACGAUGAGCUUGAAGAAUGGCGCUUAUCAAUCAGUGCAAGCUAUCGACCACGGUUAUCAAUCUCAUCAGAUUUGGUGUUCGGACUCCCUGCAUCUUUGAGCGAGAGAGAUCGGAUGAAAGAAAGGACAUAUUUCAUAAACCUGCAGCUCGACUACCUCUUCACAAUCAUCAACAUCCAUACACUGGUUCGAAAAUGCGGCGAUUUAGAGGAGAAUCUUCCAGAUGAUCUCCAUAGCGUAGUCCACUCCAGCGCUGAUCUUUCCAUCGAAGCAAGUCGGUCAAUCUUCCGAAUCCUGGACCAGAUAGUGGAACUAUGGGAAGAAGACGCACUAUGGAUAGUAUCGCACUAUGCGCCUAUGGCUGCGAUGCCACUGUUCAUGAACAUCCUGAUUCACCCGCUUGGUUCUUCGGCAGAUAACGAUUUGCACAUCUUAUCGUCGAUAAGCAAAAUCACACGCAAGAUUCCUUCUGACAGGCUUCCGAUGGAGGAGAUUGAGCAUAUACAGGAGAUUAGUGAGUUUGUUAUGGAGCUUGUACGAUUAAGUCAUAGUGCGGCUUGGAAGGUCAAACGGGGGGAGAGAGAGCAUGAUCUUGAUAUUAUUCAUACAUAG